AUGGCGGCGCCCAGGCCUCCGCCCGCGCGCCUGUCGGGCGUCGCGCUGCCCGCGCCCAUCCCGGACCUGGAGGCCCUGCGCGCGCUGACGGCGCUCUUCAAGGAGCCGCGCAACCGAGAGACGGCGCCCAGGACGAUCUUCCAGCGGGUCCUGGACAUCCUGAAACGGUCCUCCCACGCCGUGGAGCUGGCCUGCCGGGACCCGGCCCAGGCGGAGCACCUGGCCUCCAGCCUGCAGCUCAUCACCGAGAGCUUCCGCUGUCUGCGCAACGCCUGCAUCGAGUGCGCGGUGAACCAGAACGCCAUCAGGAGCCUGGACACCAUCUCCGUGGCCGUGGACCUGGUUCUCCUCUUCCGCGAGCUGCGCGUGGAGCAGGACUCCCUCCUGACAGCCUUCCGCUGCGGCCUGCAGUUCCUGGGCAACGCGGCCUCCCGGAAUGCCGAGUCCCAGGCUGUCGUCUGGAUGCACGCCUUCCCGGAGCUCUUCCUGUCGUGCUUGAAUCAUCCCGACAAAAAGAUCGUGGCCUACUCCUCGAUGGUGCUGUUCACCACCCUGAAUUCUGAGCGGAUGAAAGACCUGGAAGAAAACCUCAACAUCGCGAUCGACGUCGUAGCCGCCCACCAAAGGCAGCCCGAGUCCGAGUGGCCGUUCUUGAUCAUCACCGACCAUUUUCUGAAAAGCCCGGAGCUGGUGAAAGCCAUGUACGCCAAAAUGAGCAAUCAAGAAAGGGUGGCACUGCUGGACCUCACCAUCUCCAGGAUGGCGGGUGACGAGCCGCUGACCAAGGACGACGUCCCUGCCUUCCUGAGCCACGCGCAGCUGAUCGCGAGCACAUUCGUGGACCAGUGCAGGGUUGUGCUGAAGCUGACCUCUGAGCAGCACACGGAGGACGAGGAGGCUCUGGCCACCAUCAGGCUUCUGGACGUCCUUUGCGAAAUGACGGCCCACGCAGACCUGCUCAGCGGCCUACAGGCCUUCCCCGGCCUGCUGGAAAGAGUGAUCGAUCUUCUGCGGCUGAUCCACGUCGCUGGCCACGACACCACGAACAUCUUCAGCACCGCGGGCUGCGUCACGGGGGACGGCAACGUGUCCAACAUGGUCGAGGGGUUCAAGUCUCAUCUCAUUCGUCUGAUUGGAAAUCUGUGUUACAAGAAUAAAGAAAACCAAGACAAGGUGAACGAGCUGGACGGCAUCCCCUUGAUCCUGGACGGCUGCAGCGUGGACGACAGCAACCCCUUUCUGACCCAGUGGGUGGUGUACGCCAUCCGGAACCUGACGGAAGACAACAGCCGCAACCAGGACUUGAUCGCCAAGAUGGAGGAGCAGGGCCUGGCAGACACAUCCCUGCUUAAAAAGAUGGGGUUUGAAGUGGAGAAGAGGGGUGACAAGCUGAUUCUGAGAUCCACCAGCGACAAGCCUCCGCAGGAGUGAGCUCUCCAGACACCGGAUCUUCGCCUCCUGCCUGCGGAGUUUGUCCUUCUGUGGCCGUGACGUCGCCCGUGUCCGGAGAGUCCCCAGUCGGAUUCGGGAACAUGUGAAUCUCUUAGAUGAUAGAUGACCGCGCGUGUAGAAGCUUAAAUGUGCCCGUACAUGAGCGUCCCGGCUUUUUCGUUUUUGUUUUUUGCUUUAAAAGUGUAGCCGUCGGGUUUGCCUUUGUCCCUGAGGGCUCGUGUGCACCUGAGUGGUUUCUUGUGCUGACCUGUGGCGGCAAAUAAUAAACUCGCCUCACUGAGGGCGCCUCCCGGCUCGGGAAGACCUCGGGCUCCGUUCCUGCCUCGCCCUUUCAUUUUCCUCUCUCGGCAGG